UUGAGGGGAAGGAGGCGGCCCCUCGGUGACGGCCCGUUCUUAGGCCGCGCGGCUGCUCCUCCCGGCCUAAGGGAGGAACAGGGCUGUGCCAGGGAGCUCGGCUGGAGUUAGUGCGUUUUUAAAGUUAAAAACAGCCCAAGCUUUAUUAGUAAAUCGCCUCCGCGGCUCAGCUGGCCCGGUGCUUGACCCUCACGGCAGAGCCCGACAGUCUGAGGUCAUUGCUGGCUCUGCCAGUGAACAAAGUGAAACAAAAUGUUAAUAUCACGGCUGAGUUCCCAGUUACUGAAGGCCUCGAGAAUUGCAGGCCACCUCCUGCCCAGGUCGGUGUCCUCCUUCCUCUGCUGCCGCUCUCCGUGCGCACGCUACAGCACCCAGCCCCCCAACACGAGCGGCGCCCAGCCCCAGCAGUGGCACACGCUGGACCCUGAGCUGGAGGAGAUCCUGGUUCCCAGGAAACUCUCCAUCAGCCCCUUGGAGAGCUGGCUGACGGUGAGGUACUCCCUCCCCAAAGCUGAGGGGGCUCAGGAAGAGGCGAGCCGUGGAAGCCCAGAGCCCUGCGAGUGUCCCCCUCCUGCUGGGACGGGGGAUGUGGAGGAAGGAGAGGGAGCCCCGGGUGGCAAAGUGCGGUGCAGGAACGUCCUGAAGAUCCGCAGGAGGAAAAUGAACAGGCACAAGUACAGGAAGCUGCUCAAGAGGAGGAAGUUCAUCCGCAGGAAGAUAAAGGAGGGGCGCAAGAAGAAGCGUCAGAUAAAAUUCGAGAAAGAUUUGGAGCGCGUCUGGAAAAAAGCUGGCUUGAAAAGUGCUCCUGCUGGGUGGCAAACCCCCAAGAUCUACCUGAGGAGUUCCAGGCGAUGAAAAGAGAACCACCUGUCACAAAUUUUAACCUGCAAUUGUAAUUAAAAAAAAAAUAUUUAAGUAUGUUGAUGACAUUUAACCUUUUUCUGAUCGUGAUGAAAAUAGUCGGAAGGAGUUUUUCCAAGGACAGGCUGGCAGCUUUUCCUCCCCAAAGGAGAGGUGUGAGCUCUUUUCUGGUGGUUUGGCACUGCUGUCCUGUGGUCACUGCUGAAUUUCUGGAGUCUCUCUUUGAGAUGAGACUGAACCUGAGACAAAUCAGGUGUGGGAGAUGGGACCAGUGAAAGAAUGCCUGUUGUUUAUAUGGCACAAACCUUUGGAAAAGUUCUUUCCUAAGCUGCAUUCUUUCACAGCCUUACUGCAGAAAGGUUGGGGGUUUCCUAAGAGUUGUGGUGGGCUGGGAAUUGGAUCAGAAUUCCAUGGGAUUUACCUGCAAGAGCUUUUGUUGUCUCUUAUCUGGAGCCUUGGUGUGCACGUGCCUUGGGCAUUGUGUGAGCGUCCUUAAAGGACACAUUUAUUUUUGUGUUCUGUUUUGUGCUAAUAAAAAAAUGGUUAUUUUUGUCUUUGACUGACCUCUGUCACAUAGAACAUCCAGAUGUUGGUCAAAGGAAAAGCUCAGAGCUAAUUACUCAUUAACUACAAAAACUUUUGUGCCUGGGACAGGCCUGAUACAAUCAGCUGCUUUUGCAUGGUUGAGGAGAGUUGUGAAAGCUGUGAAAAAUACGGGUGUUUAAAAUAAACCCUGACAGAGGAUUUCUUACCUGGGUC